AUGGCCUACGACAGCGCUGCCUUCUGGUCGCGAUCGAGCCGGUUCCUGAUGAAAACCGGUAUGGAUUUCUUACCAAUAAUCAUCACCAGAGGCCAGGGUACACUGAUCUACGAUGUCGACGGCAAAGCGAUCCUCGAUUUCUCAUCUGGCCAACUGAGCGGGAGCCUCGGCCACUGCCAUCGCCAAAUCGUCGAAGUGGUGAGGAAGUGGUCCGGGGAGCUCAACCACCUGAACAGCCAAAUGGUUUCCAUGCCCGUCGUCGACCUCGCCGAAGGCCUCGCUCGAAUCCUUCCCGCGCCUCUCGAGAAGUCAUUCUUCCUCGCCACCGGCUCUGAGUCGGUCGAAGCUGCCAUCAAAAUCGCCAAGUGCGCCACUGGGAAGUUUGAAAACGUGGCUUUCUCCGCAAGCUACCACGGCGUCACCCAGGGCGUGGCCUCGGCCACAUACUCUAUGGGCCGCAAACGUGGUAGCCCUACGAUGCCGGGCCAGUUGGCCUUUCCAGCGCCCCAUCCCUACCAUUCGGUUUUCCGGAAAUCCGACGGCAGUUAUGACUGGGAGACCGAGAUGCGCUUUGGCUCGGCUAUGAUUGACCAACAAACUGUUGGAUCGCUCGCUGCAAUUGUGUUCGAGCCGAUUCUCUCCGCCGGUGGCAUCCUCGAGCCGCCCCUGGGGUACAUCAAGCGGCUGAGCAUCGAGUGCAAAAAGCGCGGCAUGCUGCUCAUCGCGGACGAGGCGCAGACCGGACUCGAUCGGACGGGGGACAUGUUCGGCUUCCAGCGCGAGGAAAUCGUGCCGGAUAUUCUCGCAUUGUCCAAGUCGCUUGGAUGCGGUCUGGCGUUGUCGUCCGUCAGCACGACUGCGGAAAUCGCGAAGCUCGCCAUGGAAAGGGGGUUUACCAUGAUUAUGACGCACCAGAAUGACCCUUUGCCGUGUGCAGUGGGUUGCAAGGUGCUCGAGAUCGCGCUGCGAGACAACAUCCCAAAGCUGGCUAGGGAUCGGGGCAAGCAGCUGCGUUGAGGGGCUGCUACAGCUGAAGGAUAAGUACUGGUGUAUUGGCGACGUCCGCGGUCGCAGGCUGUUGCAAGGCAUGGAGAUCAUUUCCAACUCGAUCACGAAAGCUCAGAGCGCCGAGCUGGGAGCAGCGGUUUGAGCGAAGGCGCUUGAGCUUGGGCUUUCGUGCCAGGUUCUGGGCAAUCCGGUAGCGUGUGGUGUGUUCAGGCUGGCACCGCCUAUGACUGUCUCUGCGGAGGAGAUUAGCGAGGCACUUCUGAUCUUGGAUCGGGCAGUUGCUGCUGUUCUUUCUGCAGAGGCAGACCGGAACGUUGCCGCUGAAGCUCGUCUCUAGAUUUGGGUUUCAGGUGCACAUCAUCAUGUGGGAUUUCCGGUCGUGUGUACCGGAGUCAUGUAAUUAAAAGCAAACAGUUGUCGAGCAAAAUUAUAGUUUGGCGGACCCAGUCGUGUCCCUCCGGUU